AUGGGUAACACUCCAUCCAAUAGCAACUCUCCUUCACGUUCAAAUUUAGAUCGUCCUUCUCCCAAUGACAGACGUUCUUCCUCUCGUCAACCCAACCUUCGUCUACCCAUGCCAUCCCGUCCUCCUUCUUUAUCCCCAACUUCCUCCAAUCCUACCUCUCCAUCCGGUCGAUCCAACUCUCCGAGAAGGAGGAAAUCAUUAGAAUUACCAGAUCUCAACAGAUUAGCUUUCACUCCUGCUGCAGCACCAGUAGUGACCAUAGCCACUCAUACUUCUCAUCUUCAACCUACAGGACAUACCAAACGCCCUUCCGACGUAGCAGCCACCAGCGUUCCAUCACGUUCCGGUUCAAGACGAUGGCCCGCGGGUUUGGGAACUCGUUCCCCAUUAGGUGGGAUGGGAUUAAGUCCUAUGUCGAAACUCGAUGCGAAUGCCCCUAUGAGUGCACCGGUUGUAAUGCCCAAUCCAAGUGUCAGUCCUUCUCGUGCGACAUCAACAUCGGAUAAUCCUUUCUUUCCCACUUCACCAUUGUCGAAAGAUUCAGAUGGUAGAGGUGUUAGUCCGAAUAGAGCAAUGCCGAUACCUAUUCCUGGGAAAGGGACAGACAGUGGUGUCAGAAAAUCUCAAAUGGCAAAUCUUACUCCACCAAGAAGUGGAAUGACUGCACCUGAAAAGUCGACGACGCAAACGCCUUCAGAACCAGUAGAGGAGGAACAAGCGAAUGAUGGUUUGGUGGCUGUACCUAUACAAUGGACACAGGGAGGGAGAAACGUAUUUGUGACGGGUACUUUUGCGGAUAAUUGGAAAAACAGGAUUCCCUUACGAAAAAGCACACACGACUUCAACACUGUCCUUCGACUUGCUCCAGGAGAGUAUCGCCUUAAAUUCAUAGUCGAUGACGGAUGGAGAUGUUCUAAGAGUAUACCCACCGCCACCGAUUCCGAUGGAACAUUAGUCAAUUACAUCGAAGUGGAACCUCUGAAAACGGUCGAAGAUGAAAAAGCUGAGUGGGCCAUGGCUGUUAAACCGACGAUAAAAGAAGAAGAUGAUUCAAAAUGGACAAACAUUAUCCCACCUUCUUUAACACUAUAUCAAUAUUUGGAAGAACUACCUUCAACUUUCACCUCUAGAGAAGCUGCCAAUUCAUAUUUCCAAUCAGUACCUUAUCUCUCUCCCGUACCUCAACCACCCAUGUUACCUAGGAUCUUAGAGAGGGUGAUCGUGAAUGGAGAACCUAGACAUCCGGAUGAUCCAAGAGGGACAGGAAUGAUAGCCAGUCAGAUGCCGGCUGGUCAUGAUGAUAAUUCUAUAUUAGCAGUACCAAACCAUGUGGUUUUGAAUCAUUUGACGGCGAGUGCUAUAAAGAAUGGGACGUUGGGAGUUGGGACAACGACACGAUAUCGACAGAAGUAUAUAACGACAAUGUUUUUCAAACCCACACAACAAGAUCUUCAUCAAGAUCAAGUUACACCAAUGUGA